UUCAAUUGAAUUAGGACUUUUAUACCUAUUUAACAAAUCAGAUGUAUUUUUUAUAUUUUAUAUUUCAAAUAUUUAAUGGAAAUUAAUUAACAACACGGGCGCUGGCUAUUUUAUUGAUAAAUAAAUAAAUCUGCUGGUUCAAGGUGGUCGGUGAACUAUUUUGAUGUAACACAAGGUCGGGGUGCACGCUAAAGGGGAACAUGGCGGCUGGUGUUAGUGUGAAACAUGGAUUAUUAUGCAGCAAAGCCCGGCUGGUUUAUGGUCUUCAGAGGAAAAUAUCACCUUAUAGUGUUUGUAUCCAGCGAGCAGCCGAAAUACAGAGUGUGAGGGCAUCAACCAGCACGACGGGAGACUCACAACACACUCAAAAGUACUGCCUGGAUCUGGUUAGGUCCAGAGACUAUGAUGGUUUUCUUUCCUCUCUCCUCCUCCCAGAGAAGGCACGGCGCUCUUCUCUGGCUCUGAGGGCCUUCAAUGUGGAGCUGGCACAGGUGAAGGACUCUGUUUCCCAAAAGACCAUUGGUUUGAUGCGAAUGCAGUUUUGGAAGACGGCUAUAGAAGAAAUCUACAGAGAUGAGCCUCCGAACCAACCAGUUAGCACUGAGCUGUGGAGGGCAGUGAGGACACACAAACUGACAAAGAGAUGGCUGCUGAGGAUCAUAACAGAGAGAGAAAAGGACUUGGAUGACAGAGCCUACAGGAACCUUCAGGAGCUGGAGGCGUAUUCAGAGAACACACAGUCAUCCUUGAUUUACCUCCUGCUGGAGUGUUUAGGUGUCAAAAAUGUCCAAGCGGACCACGCAGCGAGUCACAUCGGUAAAGCUCAGGGAAUCAUAACAUGUCUGAGAGCGACUCCUUAUCACAGCAGCCGACGGAAAGUCUACCUGCCCAUGGACAUCUGCAUGUUGCACGGAGCUUCUCAGGAGGAUUUCAUUCGGGGCAGCCGGGAGCAGAACAUUCGGGAUGUUGUGUAUGACAUCGCCAGUCAGGCUCACGUGCACCUGCAACAUGCACAAUCCUUUAGCCACAAUGUUCCAGCAGCUGCCACUCCAGCCUUCCUCCCCACUGUGGUGUUGGAGGACUAUCUUCACAGAGUGAGGAGGGUGGAUUUUGAUGUUUUCCACAAGAGUCUACAGAACAGAAAUCCCCUUCUCCCAAUCCAGCUGUACAUCCGCUCCUGGAAGAAGACUUAUUGACUUCAUUUCUCUUCUUCCUUCAGACUUUUUAAGGACUGCUGCAGGAAAUGAAGUGCAGGGGAUUUAUCUCACCACUACCACCAAAAAACCACAAACCAUACCAGACCAAGUCUGUGGCUCCCACAACAGCUUAUAUCUUUGAAAUAUUUGUUUAAUCCACAAGUUCACUGGAGGUGUCCUGCCAUCCUGAUCAGAAAAUGCUUGUGUAAUGUUUUAUUCACAAUGUAUGAAAACUUUGAUCAGAUGUCUUCUCGUGGCUUACAGAAAAAUCUAAUUGCAAAUUGGGUCAGUUGUUGUUGUUGUUGUUGUUGUUGUUGUUUUUUCACUCGUCGUUUCUGUAAUAAACACAAACUUACAAGUUGAGACCUGUGGGAUGUUAGAAGGCACCUCUGCCGAGCUGGACUUGUACGUUGUUUGUAUUAACACUCUUCCUACAGUAAAAUCUAUUUCUAUUUUUAGUCACACAUAAAAAUUUUUUACAUCUAUGUAGCUUUUUAGUGUUAUUUCAAGGUGUCUAUUUGAUGAAUACGACGCUGCUACUGUGCUGUUGUUGUUGACAUGUUCACUGAAACAUGAAACGCUGAGGUAUGACUUCAAGCUUUAGCUUCUGAGAUCUGAGAAAAUGCUGAGUGAUAAAACCGGAGCAGUCAGGUGGGUUGGAAACAAACCUCUAGGUGAGUAUUUAAUAAAAACACUUUGAAAAAAACUGUCUGCAGGUACUCUCAAACAUUAGUGACCAACAUCAUGCCUCCCCAGGAACACAAUACAUGUAGCAGACGUGUUAAUUCUGUUGUGAGCUGUGCUACCGAUAUGGUUUCUACUGUAUGUGGAAUUGACAGGAGCCUGAGGGACAGACCUCGGGACGGUUACAUUAAAUAAAUAAAUAAAAAACUGUGGAAUAUUUUUUUUUGUCCUUGUUUCCCUAUGAUUCUCUUGUCUCUUCUGCUCUUACAAAUGCCGAGUGCUUUCUCAUAGGAGCUGGGGUCUUCAACUUGCAGUAUAAAGCUUGGGGUAACUGAUGAAUUGAAGCUAUAAGUAAUGCCUGCUUGACUACAUUAACACGUGGAUGUUUCUCAGUAAAAGUCUGCCAGAUCAGAUCAGACAAUGUUCUCAAGAGCUUACAUAGGAAACUGGGACUGUUAUGGAGGGCCACACCAAUAGGCUUAUGAAGAGAGCAAAAUAAUAUGAGCAAAAUUAAGUUAAGCUUGUUGUUGUGGCCCUCCAGAACAGUCCUAGUUUAUUCUUUGACAGUACAGCUGUGGACUCAUCAUCACAUGAAUGUCAUGGUAAUUUGGGGCUUUUAAUUUUUUUUUUAACUGUUCUUUUCAGGCAAAAUGAUUGUACAACAUAGUAAAAACAAGAUUUGGGUGCACAAGCUUUGGCAGCAUAAAAUGAUCUGUUUGACAGCUCUCACUAGAUUCACCAACUUGGGAAGGUCUCUUCGAGCCAUUUUUGAACAACUGCAGAUUUAGAGUUUAUCUGUUCAAACAAGUGCAAGUUUUUCAGAUGAGUCACAACUUUGCCAAGGUUUCUGAAGAAAACCCAAACUGUCACCCUCAGAUCAGAAAUUGGUUAGGAUGUUCAGAAAAAACCCAGUAAUAGCAAAGGUGAAAGUGGUGGAGUUAACAUCAUGCGCUGGUGCUGUUUGCUGCCUUGGAUGGAAUAAUGAAGAAGGAAGACUACUUCCAAAUUCUUCAACUUCAAAUGAAAUCAACAGUUAUAUGGUUGGGACACCCACCAAGACAGUGAUCCCAAACACAUAUCAAAACUAUAAUUUUGACCCUAUGUGGAUUAGAGAAAAUCAGAAGUAAUUCAAAUUUGUUGUUUUUAUGAUUAGACAAGUUUUAUAAUGAUUCCAGUAUGGAGAAAGAACACUUCAAAAAUCAUUAAAAGCCCGAAAUUACCAUAACAUUCAUGUCCAUGAAGCAUGUGAGCAUAUGAAAACUUUUGACUUCAACUGUAUGUUUCUUAUUGUCAGUACCUUACCUACAAAUACAUUCACUCUUCUGCAACUGUGUCAGUUCAGCUUGCUGCAAAGGGACCUUUGACACACUAAACUCUUAUACCAGCCUAUAGUACAUUAGACCCUUUUGUUAGCUCAAAGAGCCGUGUUUUAAUGCUGUUGUUUGGCAGCUGUAAUGUCAAAGCAUCAGAGUUUCAUAUGGGCAGAGUGAGUAUUCUGGUCAUAGGUCACUUAUAAAAUCCCGAGCAGCUGUCAGCCGAACACACAUCGGACCACAAUUGAUGAGAUUGUAGCAGAAAAACUCCAUUAAGCCGACUUCACACAGACCUUUCACCUUUUGUCAUUUUUUUUAUUUGAUCAUUUUUAAGUUAGAUGAAAGUUUACUGCCAACAAGUCCUGUUGCUUUUACCGGCAAAAAGAAAGUAGACUGUGAGUCUUCUCACAUUAUGCUAUAUGUCACUAACUUAGGUGUCUUUAUCCAUCAUUUGGGUACUGUUGAUACUUUGUACCGCUGGUCUGUUCACAGCUUCCCACGUUGUCUCACUGUCUUGAGUACACUACAAACUACAAAAAUACAACCUUAUAAAGAAUACAAGAAAAGCUGGGGAAAACUUUUGCAACUGUAGCAAAUUCUGCAAAACUUUUAUGCAUUAUUCUUGGGAGACAGUCUGAAUUGUAAUCCUGUUAUUUUUGUCAUUGCCAGUAAUUUUGAAAACUUCCCAUUUGUUUGAUACAAGGGUUUUUAGGCUGCUUUCCUACCUUUAAAUGCAGAAUUGCUGAGGUAGGAGAGGACAAUAUGACUCAAAGCUUUCAUAUAGUUUUGUUCCUGGCUUCAGGAGGCCCAUGGAGCCUCUCAAAGAAUGGAGCCACAUAUAAGUACAGAAACUCAAAAGGUAAUGAGACUGAAGAUGCAUACGUAGGAAGCAGGCAGUUCAAACCCGAAACAUUUUAUCUCUGAACAGCCCUGUGGAGAGCAGUCUGAAGUUUUCUACGGCACAAUACAAAGGCGUACUCAGACAGGUUCCUCUGUCUUUGUGUGUUACAGUCACUGUAUCAGCAGGUGUCUCACCUAAAAUAAAUCUAAUGUUCUGCAGCUGUUAUCAAACCAAACAGCCCCGAAGAGAAAAGAAAGAACUGCAGCACGUCAGCUCAGUUUCACACUGAGGCUGGAAAACAUCGAGGAAAUUGCAACCAAUCAAGUUUCUCUAGACUGAAACAACCCCCACAUCAUGCCUGUUGUGUCUGUGGGAUAGAAUACCGCUGGAGCCUUUAAAUAUAAUGAGUUUCAGCAAUUUCUUACAGAGCUGACCUGCCUGUUAUUCUUGUCGUUCGAUAAAU